UGCGCCUUGAAUUUGUGAUGCCUUUUACGUAAACACUACAUCAACAUGUCAAAGUAUUUCAGACGAAUAGCCGAAACUUUGGGCUGUUCUUCACUGCCUCAACCUCCACAGAGGACUGUCUUUAUAAAUCAUAAAAUAACACCAGGUUAUGAAGAAUUUGUGCAAGAAAAGUUUCCUAGCAAUCAAAUCAAAACUUCCAAGUAUACAAUACUAACUUUCCUACCUAAAAACUUAUUUGAACAAUUUAGAAGAAUUGCAAAUUUUUAUUUCUUAAUAAUUGGCAUUGUACAGUUAACCAUCGAUAGUCCGGUGAGCCCAUGGACUACAUUACUUCCUCUUUUAUUUGUUAUCUCAGUUACAGCUGUCAAACAGGUUGGCGAUAUAGUAAAGAUAGUUAAAAAUCAAGAAUUACCAGCUGACUUGGUAUUGCUAUCAUCUACUGAUCCUGAAGGUCAAUGUCAUAUCACUACUGCCAACUUAGAUGGUGAGACAAACUUAAAGAUAUUCAGCUCGCAAACAGACACAGCCCCGUUACAGACACCGGAAGCAUUAGACUCCUUAGUUGCCAAUGUUGAAUGUGAACAGCCACAGUCUGAUCUGUAUAAAUUUGUUGGAAGAAUGAACAUUUACAACCAGGGUGAUGGGGCAGAACCAACAUUGAAGCCAUUGGGACCAGAAAAUGUAUUGCUCAGAGGAUGCAGAUUGAAAAAUACACCGUAUGUUUUUGGUUGUGCAAUAUAUACUGGACAGGAAACCAAAAUGGCAUUAAAUUCUAAGCAGAAAGGCUUGAAAGUUUCCAUAAUAGAAUCAAAACCUGCAGCUGGUGGAAAUAAUGCUGAGCAUGAUUUUUCUGUAUUCACUACCAGCUCUGUCUUUGAAUCAAAGAAGCAAAAAACUGAAAUCAGUAGUUACUUCAUUUUAUUGGUACAAUGUGACAGUUUUUUCACAGCUGGUAAAGUCAUUGAGGAUAUCUUAGCUUUCUUGGUAUUAUUUAGUUAUAUUAUUCCUAUAUCGCUUUAUGUUACGUUAGAGCUGGUAAAGUUUGGUGCUUCUAUGUUCUUCCCUUGGGAUCUUGAUCUGUAUGAUGAGAAUACAGAUGAACCUGCCAAAGCAAAUACAUCAGAUUUAAUUGAAAUGCUGGGACAGAUUGAAUAUUUAUUCAGUGAUAAAACAGGAACCCUUACAGAGAAUGUCAUGACAUUUAGAAAAUGUUCAAUUGAUGGUAAACUAUACCAGAAGGUAGAUGGAGUAUUGCAGCCAGAGGACACCACUGAUGAUGGACAACUUCUCAUUACAUCGGAAGAUCAGGAUAAAAUGUGUGAAUUUCUGCAAGCGCUGGCAGUGUGCCAUGUUGUACAAGUAGGAAAGGAUACCUCAGGUGGAGGUAGUAAAACUGAAGUAGAUGGUGGAGCACUCAAUCCCAGUGAGCUAGAAUAUCAGGCGUCUUCACCAGAUGAAAAGGCUCUAGUAGAAGCAGCAAACAGGAAUGAUGUCAUAUUUUUAGGAGGAACCCAAGAAUACAUGAAUUUACUCAUAAAUGGUAAAAAACAACGUUAUUUGAUCAAGCACAUAUUGGACUUUGAUGCCACUAGAAAGAGAAUGAGCGUUAUUCUCAAUACACCAGACGGACGUACUUUAAUGGUUUGUAAGGGUGCAGACACAGCUAUAUUACCACGGUGUACAGAAGGCAAUAAAAAUGAUGCAAUUGAACAUAUGAGUCAUUAUGCAGUGCUUGCAGAGGCCUAUGAUGAGGUUGAGAAUAAUCUACAUCUUCUGGGAGCCACAGCGAUAGAAGACAAAUUACAGGAUGGUGUGCAUGAAACUAUUGAGAAAUUGAGAAUUGCUGGUAUCAAGCGGUUGAAUCGCAUCCUACACCAAGCAGUUGAAUCACAUCCUACACCAAGUGGUUGGAUUGCAUCCUACACCAAGCAGUUAGAUCACAUCCUACACCAUGUGGUUGGAUCACGUCCUACACCAUGUGGUUGGAUCACGCCCUACACCAUGCGGAAUGAUGUCAUAUUUUUAGGAGGAACCCAGGAAUACAUGAAUUUACUCAUAAAUGGUAAAAAACAACGUUAUUUGAUCAAGCACAUAUUGGACUUUGAUGCCACUAGAAAGAGAAUGAGCGUUAUUCUCAAUACACCAGACGGACGUACUUUAAUGGUUUGUAAGGGUGCAGACACAGCUAUAUUACCACGGUGUACAGAAGGCAAUAAAAAUGAUGCAAUUGAACAUAUGAGUCAUUAUGCAGUGGAUGGUUUAAGAACACUCUGCAUCAGUGAGAAGUAUUUAACGGAAGAAGAGGUAGAGAAAUUUGAUAUGAAAUUAAACUCCGCACGUUCUGCAUUGGAAGAUAGAGACAAAAAGCUUGCAGAGGCCUAUGAUGAGGUUGAAAAUAAUCUACAUCUUCUGGGAGCCACAGCGAUAGAAGACAAAUUACAAGAAAAGUACGCACUUGUUUUGGAACUUUGUAUCAAGAUGGCAGGCGACAAGGUUUGGGUGUUGACUGGAGAUAAACAAGAGACAGCUGUGAAUAUCAGUUAUUCCUGUGGACAUUUUAAACUUGGAAUGAGCGAGAUGUACCUUGUUAAACAGACUAGUCCAGAACAGUGUCUGGAUACCUUGAAUGAUUUGAAAUUGAAGUUAACUGAAGAUACAGUACCUAAACAUGCAUUAGUGGUGGAUGGUAUGAGCUUGACUUAUGCCGUGGAAUACCACUGUGAUCUAUUCAGAAAAAUAUGUGAAGCAUGCAUUGCUGUAUUAUGUUGCAGGAUGUCACCGUUACAAAAAGCUGAGGUGGUGAAAUUAAUGAAGAAUUCGGACUCUAAGCCAAUCACAGGUGCAAUAGGAGAUGGUGCGAAUGAUUGCAGUAUGAUACAAGAAGCACAUAUUGGUUUAGGUAUUAUGGGAAAAGAAGGCCGCCAAGCCGUCCGCUGCAGUGACUAUGCAUUUAGUCGUUUUAAAUUUUUACAGAAAGCUUUAUUAGUCCAUGGACAUUGGUUUUAUAUUAGAGUUACUACUUUAGUACAGUAUUUUUUCUACAAGAACUUUGCAAUGAUCACACCUCAAUUUUACUUUGCCUUCUUUAAUGCUUUCUCGCAACAGACUUUAUAUGAAAGUUUAUUUUUAACAUUUUAUAAUGUCACAUUUACAUCACUACCUAUCCUUAUUUACGGGAUAUUUGAACAAAAUCUAAGUGCAAGAACAUUGAUGCUGCAUCCCCAAUUGUAUAUUGACUUAAAACACAAUGCCAGCCUUACAUGGUGGAAAUACUGCUAUUGGAUCGUAUUAGGUCUGUACCACUCUGUGUGUUUCUUCUUUGGUACAUUGCUUCUGUUUUCAGAUGAUGUUUCACUAUUACCAAGUUCAAAGCAAUAUGGUAUCUGGACUUUUGGUUCUGUUAUCAUGACACUGGUUGUAUUGGUUGUUAACAUUAAGAUCCCACAGCUUAGAUACAAGACAAUACAGCAAUCAUCAGUCAAUGAAAAAACACCAUUAUCCAAAAGAUUUACAAAAGAUUUCGGAAUAUACCAAGUGAGUGGACGUGAAGAAAUAGAGUUAAACAGUGGAUGUUAUGCGAAUUCAAUACCUUACCAAGAUGAUGCCAUCUAG